AUGUCCUCCGUCAACGAUAACGCCUCCUCGCCGCUCGCGGGCGAUGGGGUGAGCAAGCGCAAGCAAGGCUCCGCCGCCUGCGUCCACUGCCACCGGCGCAAGGUCCGCUGCGAUGCCCGUAUGGUCGGAACCCCCUGUACAAACUGUCGCACAUCUGGAAAAACCGACUGCCGUAUUCACGAAAAGAAAAAGCGUCUGGCAGUGCGUUCAAUCCUCGACCCUGUUCCGAUCCGAUCUCGGCCUCUCCCGACUUCUGAACUCGCCGCCAUUCCCUCAACGACAGCUGGCACGCCUCAACCGCCAAGCUUUCCCACUGCUUUCCAAGGUGGCCCCGCGACAGCACCUCUUGCAAGCCUUGCAAGCAACUUACCGCCACAAACAUUCUUAUCGAAUGCCGCGCCGGAGAAUUUCGGGCGCCAAGGCCCGGAUCUGUCGCAUGCCCACGAGGCACAUACGGAGAUGGAACAACACCUCGUCAAGCUUAUUGAUGAGGAAGAAUCUGGCCGAAGAGAAAUCCAGAGAGGUGUGCGCGCAUUUUAUGUGGGGCAUGAGCAUUCGAAUAUGUCCUUCCUGAUUCGCCAACAACGAGAUCAGGACGACAAUGUAUAUCACUUUGCAAGCAAUGAGAUCCCGCGACGACAGACGAAAACCGUUCAGGAUCAGCUAUUGAUGGAUGCAUUGACUCUACCCGAGCCGGCUCUGGCAGAUGAACUGGUGCAGGCAUACUUCUCUUGCGUCAACCCGGGAUAUCCCAUUAUUGACGAAGACCUCUUCAUGACACAAUACCGGAACCGCGACCCGUCCGAUCCACCGCCCAUCUUGCUGCUCCAAGCUAUUUUGCUUGUAGGAGCACACGUCACCCGCCCGAAAGUCGAGCGUGAUGCCCUAAAAGAAAUAUUCUUCCGUCGCACGAAAUACCUAUUUGAUAACCGUAUUGAGCGCAAUCGAGAUAUUCUCGUUCAAGCAGCUCUGCUUUUGACUUGGCAUUCUGACAGUGCCGACGACGAUGUGGCAGCAGAUGCUCACUUUUGGGUUGGUGUGGCUGCACGAAUCGCCACCGGACUUGGAAUGCACCGCAAUCCUGUGUCCAGUAGUUUUGUUACGCGAGACAGGCGCAUGUGGAGGCGAGUUUGGUUCAUUAUGGUACAGUUCGAUGUGAUGGUCUCACUUUCAUACGGCCGUCCUCAAGCUAUCAACUUGGACGACUCCGAUGUGUCUCCUCUGACGCUUGCGGACUUUGAGAACUGCGGGCUUCGUGUGCAAUCCGAGUUUGUAAUUCACUUUACAGAACUUUGCACUAUGAUCUCGUAUCUCAUUCGGGAUCGGUUCGGACUGCGUGCCAAUGAUGAACGCCGGAAAGCUGUCCUUCAAGAAGCCGAUGAGUCCUUGGCAAGUUGGUCAUUGAAGCUUCCCGAUAAUCUCCGUCUCCGAGCAUCUGACAUGGAUCCUUGGUCUGCUAUGCUUCAUCUUACCUACAACAACUUCCUGAUUCUGCUGCAUCGGCCUCAUCCACGAGCCUCUGCAUACUCGGACGACUACGGCCCUCACGACGCGGAGAUUUGCAGCGCUGCUGCCGGAGUCAUCGCUUCUAUCUUCGAGGAGCUUAGACUCAACGACCGGCUCAAGUUCCUCUGGUACACAGGUGUUCAUACUCUGUUCACAGCCAUGAUUCAAGUCCGUGUCGAGCUACGAUUCUCAAAUCCGGUCCUGGCGAUCAAUGCCUUGCGUCGUUUCGAUUCGGCAUCUUAUUCGCUCCGGGAACUGGCUCAGUACUGGGUCCAUGCAGGUACAAUCCUGCGACUCUUUGAAGACUCCAAACGUCUACAGGAAGACUUGCGCACGGCUACCAGCGAUCGAUCUAAGCCAUAUAACGGUGCUUCUAAAAUACCAGUCACAACGCCCGAUCCGACAGCGGCUAUGCAGGCUGUACAGACACCACGGCCACUUUCCUUCGGCGUUCCUACCCCAGAAUCUAGCCAUACACCGAUGCAAGCAACAUUGUCGCCGCAACCACCCCAGCCGCAGUUUGAUAACUGGAUCACUGCACCACUUCGGCUCAAUGUUGGUCCACUGGAGCGGAACGACCCUUAUGCCAAUACGAUGCAGGUGGACUCCAUGGAGCAAAGCCGCGACUAUCCUGAUUGGCGCCAGCUCUUCUCCUUUGCAGAUUCCGAAUUGCCCCCACCCAUGCCCAUGGAAGGACUCAUGGAAUUAGAAGACGAAUGGCGGCAGAUCUAUUGGCAAGAUAUCCCAAUGGCGGAUCUCAUGCAGGACGGAGGCUGGAUCCCCGGCUAG